UUGGCAAGGAGCCUGCAAAGUGGUAAUCGGGUCACUCUGCCCAAUCGAACAUCGUCGGCAGCACGGGUGAAGCGUUCCUGGGCUGACCAGUUACUGAGUACUUUCGGGCAAGUACCGUGCUACGAAACACCCAUACCAGGAAUGGAUUAUUUAACGCAAUUCACAGUGGAAGCCAAUUCCUAUGAACAGUUAUUUGAGCUGAAUUAUCUCAAAAUGCUUUGUUCAUUGCAUGACUACCUCGCCGAUCAGCUACAACCAUUCAGCAAUAUAACUCCUUACAGAAAUAUCUGGAGUUUGCCGAACUAUAUUUCUUGUCUUUCGCCAAACUUGCUUGCCAACUGCUCAUUCCUCACCGAGGACGAUAUCCGUUACGUGCAUGCAAUUGUCGAUUACUGCCGACCAUACCGUCGCCAAAUUGUUAACUGCCGGCGCAACUGCUUUGUCGAUUGUCCUCGAUGUUCCGAUGUACCAGAGAAUUGCUCAUCGCAAAUGAUUUUUGAUUUCUUUUAUCGAAUUUUGCCUAAAAAUUUGAAUUCUCAACCGAUCUAUAUCAACGGGUUUUUACCUAUUUUCACAUUAUCUGGAUACCGGUCGCGUGGAUUUUACAAUGCAACAGUCAAUCACUAUAUAAAUUUGCAAAAUGCGCUGCGAAAUUUCUCGAGGCAACGCCGAAGCUUCAUUUUGAAAGGACUCUCAAUGGAUAUCAAACGUGAUAUCCUGUACGAUGGCGCCAAGCGAGAUUCGCUGCUUGCGUGCGGUGCAGCUUUCUGCGUAUUUUUUGUUGUAUUUCUGUACUCGCUGAAUGUACUGUUCUGCUUCACCGUGGCCUUUAUGCUGUUGGGUUCGGUGCUUAGUGCCUUGGCGCUUUACUCCUUAUUCACUACCACUUUCCCGCUCCUGAAUUUGGUCGUCUUCGUGUUGCUGUUGGCCAUUGGUAGCGAUGAUGCAUUCGUGUUGCUGAACUCUUUUCCGCCAACAGAUGUUACGCCAGCAACGGUCCACGAAUGCCUGUCACAUACAGCCAGUGCUAUGCUACUUACGUCCGCCUCCACUGCUGUGCCUUUCUUCACCAAUAUUCUCAGUAGUGUUGUCGUCUUUAGGCAGGUCCUUUCAUCGUCUGAAUUUUUUAUUGUAAAAUUUGAUUUCAAACGACGAAGAUGUUUUGGCUUAUUUGCUGGUCUAACACUGGUGUUCAAUUAUUUGCUCGAGAUCUCAUUUCUUCCGGCAGUGCUAAUAUUCCAGAAUCGCCGCAUGCAUCGUCGUUGCUCCAGCGCCUGGCGACUGUUCCGGAAGCUGAAUUAUUUGAUGCGUGAUUUGCUGCCAUUCGUUAUUGUCAGCGGUCGCUUUAUUUGGCUGACAUCAUUAGCUGUUAUUGUUGCAUUAGCUGGCUUUACCUGCUACACAAAUUUGCAGUUCCCGGAAUACAAUCCACUGCAGCUCUUCGUCAACUCUAAUGAGCACGAGUGGUAUGACAAUAAUGCGGAACGAGAAUUUGCA